AUGGCGGGCGUCGAGGGGAAAGCUAGGCGCAAGGGCGAGGACUGGGGCGAGGGCGAGGCAAAGGACGAGGACGAAACCCUUCCCAACCUCAAGAAUCUGGUCAUGGUGAUGGCGAAACGUACUCUCCAGUUCGUGGGCGAGAGACACAACCACGCUCGCAUCGACAACCUCGCGAUCCAGUCGGCGCCGGAGGGCCAUUGCUCAAAGUUGAUGCGCAAGCAGGUCGUGGAGCCUGGCAUGGGCGUGGUGAAGUCGCUGUACUCUGGCUACGGCGAGGGGGCCCCCAGCGGCAGAGGCCCCAACCAGGGUAGGAUACAGGACCAGGGCAACGCGUACCUGGAGCAGAAGUUCCCCCUGCUCUCCUACAUCGAGUUCGCAGAGCAGGUCGGCGAGCUGCCAGCAGGGGCGAUGAAGGCCCUCGAGUCCGCGGUCGACGACCCAGCAGUGGCCGGGCCAGGCGUUAUCUAG